GAACCGCGCACCUAAAAGUGAAAAAUCAUGGCUGAUAACCCAUCCAGGAUGAAGGCUGACAACAAAAAGAAAUUGAAUGUUGGCAAUCUGCCAGCCGACACCACCGAGGAGGAACUGCGGCAGCUUUUUGCGGACCAUCCGGUUGAAAGUGUGGAAAUUUUCCAUUACAAACAGUACACCCUGGCCCUGUUGCUCUUCAAAGAUAAGGAGACGGCAACGAAGGCACUCAAGGAGAAGGAAAACUCCUUCUUCCGCGGGCGUCGACUGCGUAUGCACCUUGAGUUCAUCGUCAUUUGUCACAUGAAGAAGGAUGUCUUCGUGCAUGUUGUUGACAAUGAGAAUGUAACGGAGGAGGACGUGUAUGAGAAGUUUAAAGAUCUGGCCAAGGUCCAGUCGGUGGUUUUGUUCCAUCCGCUUGCCUACGUGACUUGCACCAGUCCGGAGGACAAGGAGGAAGCAAUGAAGAAGAUCGCUGAUGCGGGCAUUACCGUGUACGAUUGUAACGGGCACGACCAGAACCAGCACAUUGAUGUGUUGCGCGCGGCCAAGCUGUUCUUCCGCAAUCUGAACCGCGUCCAGAUGUACAACAUUCCCGAGAGCUGGAUCGGCUCCCAGGACGAGCUGAAAAAGGCGGUCGAAAGCUCCGGCAAGGUGACGGAAGUGCGCGUCACCACCGGCAACUUUGGGCCGGCGGCGCAAGUUUUCUACGAGACGGCCGACGAGGCGAAGGCCGCUGCUGACAAAUUAAACCAGCAGAUAUUCGAGGGCAAGCGCGUCCACGCACAUCACGUGAUUGCCACGAUGAUACCGAAUUUCAAGACCAGCGUCUACUUGGAAAACUUGGACAAAUCCAUCACGGAGGAGAUGCUGUACACGCACUUUGAGCAGUAUGGUGAGAUCGAAUUUGUCAAUCGUCGCAAGUUCGGCGACGAACACGGUUUGGUGUGUUUCAAGGAUGCGAGCUCCGUGGAACGUGCGCUCGAAUGUACCAGCUUGCCGGGCGUGAAGAAGGAAGAGGAGGGCAGCGUCGCUGAGGGCAAGCCUAUCACCGUCAAGCGUUACGAUGGUCCAUUGGUGCUGGACAUUAAGCUUCCGGUAACGAAGAAGGGCACCUCGAGCGAGGAGGGCGAAGAACAGAAGCAGCGCCCACCGCCCCAGCCCCUCGCCAAGCUGUGGCCGAUCUACGUUGCAAACCUUCCGUACAAGGCGGACAAGCGCGAAAUCAAACAGUAUUUUUCCAGCUACGGUGGACACAUUAAGUUUAUCUUCUCGCCAAACAUUCCGUCGUACAAGCAGAGCCAAACGUCCAUGGUGAUGGCGGCACUGAUUUACUUCGCACGCCGCGAACAGGCCAACGAAGCGAUCAAGGCGUUCAACGGCAAACAUUUCCAGAGCAAGUGUCUGCACGUGUUUCCGGGCCGCAAGGACACGUACUUUGAUACGGAGAAAUCGAUCAAGGUGGUGCGGCUCAAUCUGGCCGUUACGGAGGAGAAACUGUUUGAGAAGUUCCGCAAGUUUGGCUUCAUCGAGUGCGUGGUAAAGAAGGAUCGUACCACCGCGUACAUCGAGUUUCGCGAUAAGGAAAUUGCCGAGAAGGUGCUUAAGCUGGACGAGAAGCAGCGCCCAGUGCGGUGCAAUGUUGAGCCGGUGACAGGCAAAAUUAACAAGAAGAUUUUCAAAGAAAACGAUGAAAAGAUCUCGCUUGCGAUGCAAGAAAUCAUCGACAAGAACCCGGCAGUAUUGGAGAACGUUUCGUCGGAUCGUUCUAGCGGUCCGCCACCACUGAAGCGAAGCCGAUUCAGCGGUCCAGCUAACUUUGGCAUGCAGGGACCGCGCAACCAGUUUAAUCCGAACAAUGGUGGCGAUUUCAGCAAUCCGCAGGUCAUUCAGGACCUGCUCCGGUUGGCGUUCAUCUCGGGCAAAAAUCUCGGCGAAGGUCUCGCCAUCAGCGGAAACAGCAAUCCGUUCAACAGUGGCGAUCCGCCACUACCUAAUCUGAACCUGACCAACGGGUUCGGCGGUGGCAACCAGCGCAACAGCUUCAACAAUUCCAACAAUGGCAACUUUGGCGGCAGCUCCAAUAAUGCCGGCGGUAACAUGGGCGGUGGCGGCGGCAACCGUAACAACAUGGGCGGUGGUGGCGUCAAUCGCAACUUUGGCCAAAAUGUGGGUGGCGGCGGUGGCGCUAUGGGCAGUGGCGGCUAUCGUCUGAAUAUGGGCGGUGGUGGUGGUGGCAACUUUGGUGGCAAAAGGUUCAAUAACGGUGGCUCCCAGCAAACGAAUCGGAUGGGACAGAACAAUCGCCAGGGCGGUGGCAACCAGAACAGACGUUUCUAAAGUCUCU